CGGCGCGGUCGCUGGGCCUGGCUACCGAGCUUUCCUGACGGGCGAGCAGGUCCUCGGCACCGGCGCCUGGCGGAGCGCGGGGAGGAAGGAGGUUUUGGUGUCAGCGGUGUAGUUGACGGCAGUCCCGGCCAUGGAAGAGACGCAGCCGCUUCCGCAGUCCGAGCUGCCACUGUGCGACAGCCUCAUCAUCUGGCUGCAGACAUUCAAUACUGCUGCACCUUGUCAGGAUGUGAAACAGCUGACUAAUGGAGUUGCCAUGGCACAAGUUCUUCAUCAAAUUGAUGUAGCUUGGUUCAAUGAAUCUUGGUUAAGCCGAAUUAAAGAGGAUAUCGGUGACAACUGGCGAAUAAAGGCUAGUAAUUUAAAGAAGGUACUUCAAGGAAUUAUGGGUUAUUACAAUGAGUUUUUGGGACAACAGAUUUCUGAAGAACUUAUCCCUGAUUUAAACCAAAUAACUGAAUGUUCCGAUUCUGUGGAGCUUGGGAGGUUGCUCCAGCUUAUUUUAGGUUGUGCUGUCAACUGUGAAAAGAAGCAAGAACAUAUUCAAAAUAUAAUGACACUGGAAGAGUCUGUUCAACAUGUGGUCAUGACUGCCAUUCAAGAGUUGAUGAGUAAAGAAAUAGUGAGCUCUCCUACAAAUGAUGCUGUUGGAGAAUUAGAGCAACAGCUUAAAAGGGCCCUGGAAGAACUUCAGGAAGCACUAGCAGAAAAAGAAGAACUGAGGCAAAGAUGCCAAGAACUAGAUAUGCAGGUGACAGCACUUCAAGAUGAAAAGAAUUCACUAGUUUCUGAGAAUGAGAUGAUGAAUGAAAAACUUGACCAGUUGGAUGGCUCUUUUGAUGAUCCAAAUACAAUGGUUGCAAAAAAGUAUUUUCAUGCACAGUUGCAACUAGAACAAUUACAGGAAGAAAACUUCAGGCUCGAAGCUGCAAAAGAUGAUUACCGUGUUCACUGUGAAGAACUUGAAAAGCAAUUAAUUGAAUUUCAACAUAGGAAUGAUGAGUUGACUAGUCUUGCUGAGGAAACAAGAGCCCUGAAAGAUGAAAUAGAUGUUCUUAGGGCUACCUCUGAUAAAGCAAAUAAACUGGAGUCAACAGUUGAGAUAUAUCGUCAGAAGCUCCAAGAUCUGAAUGACCUUCGCAAGCAGGUGAAAACUUUACAGGAAACAAACAUGAUGUAUAUGCAUAAUACAGUCAGCCUAGAAGAAGAAUUAAAGAAGGCAAAUGCAGCACGUACACAAUUAGAAACAUACAAGAGACAGGUUCAGGAUCUUCACGUCAAACUUUCCUCUGAAACCAAAAGGGCGGACACACUAGCAUUUGAAAUGAAGCGGCUUGAAGAAAAACACGAAGCUUUACUUAAGGAAAAAGAGAGACUAAUAGAACAGCUUGAUACUCUGAAAGAAACAAAUGAAGAGCUUCGAUGUUCACAAGUACAACAGGAUCACCUAAACCAAACAGAUGCAUCUGCUACAAAAAGCUAUGAGAAUCUUGCUGCUGAGAUUAUGCCAGUGGAAUAUAGGGAGGUGUUUAUUCGACUGCAACAUGAAAAUAAGAUGCUUCGAUUACAGCAGGAAGGUACUGAGAAUGAACGUAUUGAAGAACUUCAGGAACAGCUGGAACAGAAGCACCGCAAGAUGAAUGAAUUGGAAACUGAGCAGAGGCUGAGCAAAGAACAAAUUCGAGAAUUGCAGCAGCAGAUUGAGGACCUCCAGAAGUCUCUGCAAGAACAAGGCUCCAAGUCUGAAGGAGAAAGUUCCAGCAAACUAAAGCAGAAGUUGGAAGCUCAUAUGGAAAAACUAACGGAGGUCCAUGAAGAAUUACAGAAGAAACAAGAGCUCAUUGAAGACCUCCAGCCAGAUGUAAACCAGAAUGUACAAAAGAUCAACGAACUUGAAGCUGCUCUUCAGAAGAAAGAUGAAGAUAUGAAAGCAAUGGAGGAAAGAUACAAAAUGUACUUAGAGAAAGCAAGAAAUGUAAUAAAAACUUUAGACCCCAAAUUAAAUCCAGCAUCAGCUGAAAUAAUGCUACUUAGAAAGCAGUUGGCAGAGAAAGAGAGAAGAAUUGAGAUUCUGGAGAGUGAAUGUAAAGUAGCAAAAUUCCGUGAUUAUGAAGAAAAACUCAUUGUUUCUGCCUGGUAUAAUAAGAGUCUAGCAUUCCAGAAAUUAGGGAUGGAAUCUAGACUCGUGAGCGGCAGUGGUGCUUACAGAGACACGGGGGCUUGUGCUCCUGCCCGGUCUUUCCUAGCACAGCAGCGGCACAUCACCAGCACCAGAAGAAAUCUCUCUGUUAAAGUUCCUGCUACGACAUCUGAUUAAACUGCAAAAGAACACAUAAACAGAAGUGCCCUUAAAAUAUUUUGUAUCUUUCAACUAACUACCAGGUUGGAAAAGAAGUGUAUGAUUCUGGAGAUCAGCUAUUUUAAAAUCAAAAUGCAUAAAAUUAGUCUUGCCAGCUGAUUUUGAAAACAGAAUGUGAAAUUAGCUAUCUGGGGAAGCAUGUGUGAAUAAAUGGAAGAUAUAAUAAGGCAAAAAUCUCAAACAUUUGUCUUUUGAGAGUAUUAUAUUAUUUCAAAUUGACUUUGUAUAUUUUAGUUUAAUGUUUUCGGUUGGACCAGUAACUAAUUUGCAACGUGUAAUCGGUAAUAUGUAAUCUAAAAAUACAUCUAUUUUAGUGUUUUGGUAUAAAAAUAGUUGUGAAAAAAAUAGUUGUGAGGUAGGCACGUGGAGAACUAUACAAGAGUUAUAUUUUUUGACUCGACCUACACAAGGCGUUACCUCUGUCCUCUAAUUCUGUCGCUGAAUGGGUAUAUUUUAUAAUGUAAUGGAAGAUAUAACAUUUGGAAGAUUGGACUAUUAAAAUGACUUCUCCAUAGUAGAAGUGACUACUUGGCAAUUUUGUAGAUUUAGAAGAGGUCACAGUUCUCAUAUGUACCUACUAUAAACUAAGGCUUCUGUACAGCAUGGUUGAAAUGUUAAAGGUAUAGAAAUGAACUGACUUUAAGAGAUGACUUUCUGAUGGGAAGCAAGCUAAAAAAUAUACUUCGUGUGAAAUGCCCACACUAUUUUAAUAUAAUUAAUGAAGAUUACAAUUAUUAUUACUUUUAAGCAUAAAAUUAUCAGGGUUUCUGCUAAAAAAAAAAGAUGCAAUAGUAGUUUUGCCUCUUCACUGAAAAGAGAUAGUGAAGUAGAGGAACAAUUUGGAAUCACUUUUUUUUUUUUUUUUUUUUUGCUGUACGCGGGCCUCUCAUUGUUGUGGCCUUUCCCAUUGCGGAGCACAGGCUCAGGAAGCUCAGGCUCAUGGGCCCAGCCGCUCCGCGGCAUGUGGGAUCUUCCCGGACCGGCGUGCACGAACCCGUGUCCCCUGCAUCGGCAGGCAGACUCUCAACCACUGCGCCACCAGGGAAGCCCUGGAAUCACUUUUAUCUUGCUUACUAAUUAAGGAAUUUGUCUUGGGUUGAGUUUAUGGUAUUCAGUUCAUUUCUGCCCAGAGCUCCUUUUUUCAAAGGCAUUACUCUAUUAUUUUUGGUCAUUUUUAAGAGUCACACUUUGGAAUUUUAAUUUAGUUGAGUUAAAUCUGUGCUGUCCAAUAAUGUAGCCAAAAGUCACAUUGGCAAUUUAAUUAAAAUUAAAAAUUCAGUUCUUUGGUUGCACUAGCCACAUUUCAGAUGCUCGAUAGCCAUAUGUGGCUAGUGGCUACAGUACUGGACAGUGCAGAUAUAAAAUACUUUCAUCAUUGCAGAAACUUCUUGGACAGUGUAGUACUAAAUCUUUUAUAAUAACUUGGAAACACUCAUUGAUGUUAGACCACAAAAAUGAAAAAAAAAAUGUUAGGACGAUUUCAGAUAUGAAAAAUAAUUGAAUUAUGAUGUAACUAGUAUCUUACAUUCCUUAUGGUUGAAUACCUUAUGUUGUGACAUAAUCUUUCCAGUGCUAUUCAGAACUACAUACCUAUCAGCAUAUGUCUAGACCACGGGUCAGCAAACUUUCUGUAAAGGGACAGAUGGUCAAUGUUUUAGUAAGUAUUUUAGGUUUUGUGGGCCAUAUGAUCUAUCGCAAGUACUCGACUCAGCUGUAAGUAUAAAAUCAGGAGCCAUAUACAAUAUGUAAAUUAAAUGGGUGUAGUUAUAUUUCAGUAAAACUUUGUUUGCAGAAACUGGCAGUAGGCCAGAUUUGGCCUGCAGGCUGUAGACAUCUGUUCUAGAUUUUAUUCUUAGCUUUUUUUUUUUUUGCAAAUAUGAAUAUUGUUCCAUUUACAGUAUUAUUCAUUUAGAUACUUGGUUUUUAUAUUCUAUACCAAUAAAUGUUUUCUAAUCACUGAAAAUAUAAGAAUUUCAUACUAUAUUUGGGUCUCUGAGAUUAGGGAGCAUCUGUCAGGAUAUUUUAUCAGGGUUACUUCUUUUGACUACCUCUUAGAUUUUGGUGUUCUUUACUGGUACAAUUAUAUUGUUGGAUUUCAUUUUUCUGUAUUAUUGUAGUCUCUGCUUGCCUGUGGCUUUUAGUGAAAUGAAAUAAGCUUUUGAAAAUAUUUUAGCAUGCUAAUUAAAAUUUUCUAAAUAUUAUAGCAUUUUGGUACAUUUUGGUCAAUGUAAGAUAUCUGCUCCUUUGGUGUUUACUACUUGCUUAUAAUUGAGAUUUCACAAGCUCUUCAAGCUCCCUUUUAAUGAAAUUUAUUGUAAAACAUCAAUUUCAAUAAAUUAGUAUUUUCACAGUUCAAUUGCUUAUAAAUUUUCAAUCAUUAUAUUUGGAAUUUCUGAAAAAUUCAUGCAAUUUCUGAAUAAGGAUGUAAGGCUAGAUUCUUUUUCCUAAAUAGAGAAAAAGCAAAUUUUGUGAUUUAGCACUUUUCUAGUUGGUAGAAUUUAAAAUGCUCAAUAUGUAUUUAUACUAAUAAAUUACUAAUGUAAUUUAAAGUUCUGUAUUAUUGUGAUUAAUCAUAUGGAAAUUCAGGAACUGAUCAGAAGUGAGAGUCUUUUCCACAUCUGGUUAGUGUAGUGAGAUUGACACCCUGUGGGUGGUAAAGCAUUAUAAAUAUUCAUCUUGAACCAUGAUUAUACAUGUCUGUGCUGUGAGGCUUGAGUGCAUAUACCAGGGAAGAGAAAUUCAGCAUUUAUCUCUCUGAUUGAUAAGGAAUUGAAUGUCCCAGUGAUUAUAAAGUAAAACCACAGACCAAUGUGGGAAUGAUCUUUAAUUUUGAGUAUUUGCUCUAAGAUUAAUAAGUAUUCCUUUACCUUUUUAAAAUAAAAGUGUGUAUACAUAUGACAACGAUGUUUAUCCUCAGCUUAACUUAAUGUAUUGUGAAAUAUUUGAAGUUCACUCUAUUUUUUUUAAUGAAUAAGGCUGAACUAAUGAUUUAAUAUAGAUUAAGAACUAAUGUCUUGUCUAGAAACAUUAAACUGAGUAGCCCUUACUCAGAUGUCAUCGUCUUUGAUAACUGGAGCGCUCAUUUGAAUUGUCAAAUAAUGCUUCUGCAUCUACACCUGUUGCUGUAUAGUGGCACAUGUGGCCCAGUGGGUUGGCUUUUAGGCCACAGUACUAUCUGUUUUAGGUUCUCUCUAUGUAUAUUUAAUGAGAAACAUUCCUAUGUAAAAAUGUGUGUAUAUGGUUGUAUGCAUACAUUCUUGUUGUGAACCUGUACCUUGCAAAGAAGUAGUUUGGAAAUUUGUAAAGCACAAACAUAAAAGGAAAUCGUGUGCAGUUAUUAAACUUGAUGGAGCUUAAAUGUAAUUUUUAGUUUAUAAAAGGUUCUUUCUAUUUUCUAUGGCAAAGACUUUGACACUUGAAAAAUAGAAGCAAUACUUGAUUUAUUUUUGUAUUUAGUAUAUUAUUUUAAAUAAAUGAUUGUCCAAUAACAA